UGCCAGUUUGGGAGGAAAUUAACCUGCAUGGACAAAAAAACUUUGUCUCUUGAAGUGUUUAGAUGGCUAAUGUAAUAAUUUGUUGUACAGGAUUGAUGACUAUUUUCUAGUUUCCCUGUGAGGACUCAGAUGUUUAGUUGAUAUCCAUCAAACAGAGACCCUAACACGCCCCUCUCCAUGCCAAAAGAUGUUCUCAAGACCACGAGUCUCUGAAGUGACAAUAGUUCUUCUUGCAAUAACUUGGAUGAGUGUUUUAUGUCAAGGGGUGUGCUUUUUCACUGAGUCAGAAGUUUGUAGGAAUAUAUACCAACUAUGUGAAGCUUGUGAAGCUAAAAUUUGAAGAUACAACGUGGGGCUAUAUUUCUACUACGUUAAAGUAAACUUUGAGAAGAUGAUAACAAAACGAUGAGGUAACUUACAUAAUGUUUUGAAGGGUUCCUUCUCUUCUGUACGUCCACAACAUUAACGUCAAGCACCGUGCGGAGCUGCAUCUUCACACACCAGUCAGGAAUGGCACCAAAAAUACUCUAAAUCCUACAAAAUAAGAUGGUCACCCAUGAAAAUAGUAUGAAAGUCUGGGGUAAAAAAGGUUCAUGUGUUGCCUUGAAGGCACUAUCUGGGAAGACAAGUUUGUAGAAAAGAGGGACAGCAACUCUCGCAGCACUCAAGCUUUGGGUGCAUCCAUGGAUUGAGGGUGUCAGGCUGUCUGUCUCAAGCUGCUCAACUCCUUGUGAAACAUUACAACGCAGUAAAAAGUAGCGUUUCACCAAGUCUUCUCCUCCCUCCAGAGGGGCUGGACUCCCCAGCUGCAGAGCACUGACAGGAGGGGGAGACAUGUAAAUGUACGGGGCGGUCUUAGUCCAGCUGGAUGGACCCUGCAGAGGAACUUCUGGAGAGGUGAAGUCAGAUUAGUUUGGACGCGUUUCUUGAGUCUUGCGAGUCACAUUUUCCAUGUUUCAUAUAUAAAACAGAAAAAUAAUAAUUAUGAAAGGCAACAUAGGCUUUGCACAAAAAAAUGCAUUGUAAUGGAAGGGGAUGUAGUAACUCAAGUGCUGCCUUUGCGUGUAACUCCCAUUUCUCAUUGGCAAUAUGCAAACCAACUUGACAAUGUUUCUUUUCUCUUAAACAUUUUUUUCAAAGACUUUUAAAACGGAGAUAGAAAACGUUGACAUUGUAACGACUACUCACUAAUUUUGGGAAAUGGUUUGCUCUUUUGUGCGUCCGGCUAGGCGUCUCUAUGCAAUACAGUGUACUUACAACUUUAAGAAAACAGUUUGCAUGAAAGGAAAAAGAGACACGACAAGUUAUAAUACACGAGGACAUAAUUAACUUGUUCAGCCGACGACGGCAUCAAGUAUAGUUUUCACUGCCCACACACUGUAGAGGUUUAUUUAGAAGGGACUUCAGGAUUUCCGACUGACCCUAAACUCAACAUACACUAAAUGACUUUGCUGCCACCCAGUGGAUGAAACAGGAAGUGAGAGGAAAACACAGCGUGCUGCAUAUGGAAACAACUGUGUAAUGUUUUAUGAUUAACGUUAUAAGAAGCAAAUAUAUCCGAUAAUUUUCCUAAAAUAAUCUGGCAGUGAAUAUAGAGCACGUCUACUCUAACCACCCACAAGACAAAGGGACCUCAUACAAUUACAUUGAAAUGUUGAAUAAUUCAUUAGUGGACAGACACGUUGAAAAGUUGGGUCUAAAAAGUUGGACUACUUUUCUUUUUGAUGCUCAAGUAUAUUAUGUUGAUGGUGUUCUUAACACUACAACUAAUUGAAUAAAAUGUCCUUGUAUUUGAGUGUGGGGGCACUUUUAGACUGACACUACAUUUGUAAUGAGCUAUGAGAAUAAAAAUUCAAGCAAAAUGCAUUUUCAGUUAGACUGGCAGGUUUCACAGCAGUCCUACCAUGACUGUUUUGUUAUUUGUUAAACUGAGCAGAUCAAACAGCCUGCAUCAUCUCACUCCAUGUAACGUAAUGUAGGCCUGAAGGGAUCUAAAAGGCUGAAGCACCCUCCUCCUACCAUUUUUUUUUCUUCAUCAUGACGACAGGAACAGAAGAAGCAUGCGUACAAGAGUCGAGGAGCUGAGCUGCUGAGCACGUCCUGUUGAGGAGAUUCAGGAAACAGAUACAGCUAACCUCCUGCGUCAAGCUAACAAAUGAGGUCACAACUGAGGGCGGAAGUAUCUGCUUCCGGGCUACAAAGUAAACGUUACUGGCUGUAUUGGCUUGAAGCAGCGAGACUAAUCCCAGCAAUACAUCUUUAUUUUGAUCUUAUCUUGUUGACACUCCAGCUUUUAAGAAUAAAAAUGGCAACGUUUAUCCCAAAUAUAAAAAAUAGUCAGUGUAGGAAGGUUACUGGACCUUUUCAGCUAAGGUAGUCCAACUGGGAAGCUAGCUAAAGCAAGGACAGAAUAAAGUAUCCAUAUGUUCGUACACAUACUAAUUCUGUCUCUUCUAAGUAGGCUAUGUGUUUUGUAACCAUCAUCAACAGUCAAGUAUUCCAAGAUUUUACAAUUUAAAUUUCUAAAACUUAUUUUCCAAUAAUUUAAAAAGCAGGGGUAAGUUCUAAAUAUCGAUUGAACUUCUUAAAACUAUGUGCUGUUAACAAAAACAAACCGCAAAUAUUCGCUUUUUUUUAUUUUUUUACAAUUAGAUGAUGUAUAUGACAUUGCUCUUUUUUCACAAAAAUUUCUUUUCCCAUAUGCACCUGUCCUACGAAAUGGUUGCACCAAAUAUUGUCUUAUAGAUUUAAAUAUUGACCUAAAUUUAUGGAAAAGAAAACCACAAACAACUUCGUUUAUAACUGUCCAAAAAGCUUGAUUUCGGUUUAAGUCCCGCCUACGUUGAAGCAAACGUCCAAUCAUCAUUAGACUCUUAAAUGGCACCUGGGAUGUCCAAUGAAACUUCUUAGAGGGCUUGACAUGCCCUGAGUUUCCAAACGGUUGCUAAGAUACAAUACUAGCAUUUACCCCAUCAACCACCUGAAAAAGCCCAUAAUAUACAAAGUCUGUUUUGUCCGUUUUAUUUUUUUAAAACCUAAUUAUCGUAUUUUUCCUCAAGAAUUUUACAUUGUAAGGAUAUUUUUAAACCGCUAAUUUAUUUUGAAAGUUUUAAACGGAUGUUUUAACUGCAUACCAGGUAACUUGUCAGAAGUCCGCUAACUUCUGUCUGUGUGGUCAUCCAACCGAAGCAUGGGAUCUUUUUGACUCUCCAUUUUAAGUCGCCAACGAUUAAUGAUGAAAAUGCUGUGUCGAGGGUGAUAUUAUUUGUAGUCGACGCCUUUCAUUAUUUUAAACGGAAAGACGAGCCUCAGCGGUACAGCGAACUCUUGUCUGUCGUCUGCCUGAGGAGCGUCCUGAGAACACUGCUAGGCUAUGAUGCGACUAUGAAUACCCGCCGUCGAGGGAAGUUAUAAUUGACAUUAUCAUAGCUGAAUGGCUACGAUAGCAGCUUGUCUGCCCUCAUUUAACGCCCGCAUGCUGUUAUUUCGAUAGCCAUUUGAGUCCCUGCGUCGGGAGGAACCGCUAUAUUCUCUUGGCGGAAAUAACCGAGGCGACUGCAUCAACAGAGCGCUGUAGUUCUCAUCCGAAAAGAUGUCUUUCUUUAAUUUUCGGAAGAUCUUCAAACUGGGCCCUGACAAGAAGAAGAAGCAGUAUGAACAUGUACACAGAGACGUGAACCCAGAGGAAAUCUGGGACAUCAUCGGAGAGCUGGGAGAUGGGGCGUUUGGGAAAGUGUUUAAGGUAAUGUAUUAUUACACCCGUCUUGGGCUUUUCUAACCCAUUUCUUCAAAGACACUCGCUCCCGUUGUGUAUCAGGACUCAAGAUGUUGAAUGACAGCAGUGACAGCACAGUCUUCAUGCAGGCCACAUCCACUGGUUCCCCUUUUCAAGAACUGCUGUUGAACGUAGAUGCUCCAAUUGACUGUAUAUCAGACCAGUACAGCCUGUAAAUGUCUUAUAAUGAAAGAAAUAUGAUCCAGUGUUGUGUAUAGUAAAAGCUUCAACUCACCCGAGGGCUCUGCCAGGUCUAACACCUCAUUUUUAAGAUAUGACGGGAUGGAGAUCCAACAUAACUCGCGUUAAAAUACCCGGUACACGGCCCCCGAUAUCGUAAAAAUCGAGAUAAAUCGAUUUUACGAUCAUUAAUCAAUCGCAAGGCAUAAGACAUAUAAUAGUGUUUGUUUAACUGAAGAAAACAAAAUUCCUGUAGGGGUAAAGAGAAGGAUUAAUAUCACGAUGACAAGCAAAAGAUAAAAAAUUUGGUCAUUAUGUACUGCAUUGUUUUAUUAAACAGGCAGACAUGGCGUCAGUGAUCUAAUAACUGCAAAGGUCAAUGGUUUAUUCAGUCUAAGAUUUGCUGGGUUAGGAUAUAAAUGUGACUUUGGCUUGCUAUUAAACUGCACUUGGCCUUAGUGAAACUUCUUAAGUUAAGGGUCACCCACACAGAGUAAACAUAACCUCCCACAUAUCAAAGUGAAUGCAGUCUGGAGUUGCUUUGAGAGACCAGAGGACACACAGAUAAACCUUGAAACAUAAGGUGGAUCCCUACAAACAUAGAAGUGUAUAUACGUAAAUAAGUAUAAGUUCCUGAGGGGUGCUGUUUGGUUUCUGCUACAGUACAUCUACUGUCGAGUGAACACAAAGCUUGCAGCACCAUCAAGGUUUAAUGCAAAUUUAUUGAAACAGCUGUGAAACAGUGUUUGUGGACGUUAUAGGGAAAUUAUAGAGUGCCAGGAAGGGGGGUGUUUCCCGUUUUGGUGACUAUUUCUAAAGCUGUUGUAAGUAUGGAAAGGCAUUGAUAGGAAUUUUCAGCUGAGGUUACUGGCAUGUUCUUUUCAUUCAUAAUAUACAGUGUAAUUUCAACAGUUUAAGUAUUGUAAGUUCCUGAGUGACGUAGCAGAAAUAAGUGUAGCUUGAAGCUCCAUUUCUUCAUCCGUUCAAGGCUCUUUUUUUCCAGCUUUCUUUUUCUUUUUCUCUAUGACUUAUCUUUUCCCUUCCUGUCCCCCCUGUGAUCAAAUAAUGCUGCUAAUGGCCCAGAUAUCUUAAUUUGUCACUUCCUGGGUCUUAUUAGCUGGUUUAACCAGCUGCGAUGAAAGCCAGAAGACUUUCAUGGCUUCUUGAACCAAGGUUUUAGAAAAACAUCCAGGGGACACGCCUGCCUCCAUCAGGACACAUUACUGUCAACACUAAAAGUAUUUCAUCAGUUAUUUCACAGCCGAUGGGUGACGACGGCCUCAUUUAGGCGGGGUGAGAAAAGACUGCCACCAAAGUGUGAAUCAGCUGUUAAAGAGUCCUGCACUCAUAUAAAUAUCAACAGGCUCAUUGUAGAAGUAGAGAGGUGUGUCACUUUGUUUGGAGCUAUUAAAAACUGCACAUAUAAUUCUAGUUGAGCACCCUGUCAGUUCACAUUGUUAGAUUAUGGUGUGUGUGUGUCAUUUAAAAUAAUUAAAGAUAAAAAAAUUCAGUCCUCCUACUGAUGAGUUUGCCCAUGCAUUACAGCUACAGCGGUGUGUGUUGUUACUCUUAUUUAUUUCCACUCAGAAGUGAUUUACCUGCCUUCAAGGAUCAAUAUUACAAUAUUUUGGAUUAAGAGAUCUAUCAACAUGACACCCACAGAUCUAAUUUAAUUCCUCGAUGUUGUAAAAAGUCAUGUACAAAAUGACUCUUCAUCACAUCAGGCUGAUUUUUUUACACAGGAGUCAGGCAGCACAAUUGGAUAGACAGAGGUGGUGUGUCAGGUCAGAACUGUGUAAAUAUAGGGUGUGACACACUCCUAACACUCCCUCCCUGUUCUUUUUCCUUAACUCCCUGAGAUUGUGUCUGUAUCCAUAAACACAAAAUCCACAGCCAGCCUUAAAAUAACUCCUUGGCUUCUUUGGUAGAUGAAUGUUUAGUCAUUUUUUUAUUAGUCUCUGCAGCGCAGCAGCCUCAUCAGGAGUGAAGAUCCUUGUUAAGCUUGUAGACACAGCCUCUCGGUUGAACGGUCAGCAGAGAUUAUUACUGGUUUUCAAAAUAAAACAGAUUGUAUGGAACCAGAUGAUAAAAUUAACCUUCAACUCAUAUGAUUUUUAAUACCGCUAUCAUUUUCCCAACAAGACUAAGGUCUUGAUAUCUUGUCAGAUUCCGAUUGAUGAUUGAUAGCAGUGUUGUGAGAAGGCGUGUCCCUCUGGGGUUGACAAGGACCAACUGCAUUCACCUGUCAGUCAGGAUACAACACAAACAGGGAUUUUUUUAUUAGAGCAUAACAGUGCACUGUGUGUGCAGAUGCAAACAGGUGCCAAGGCUGACUGGCAGCUGAUCCAGGGGUGAUGAGCUAAACACAGUCAUCACAGACAGACAUCGCUUUAUGUGACGCUUCAGAGGAAGGGACAAUUUGUGUCUCUUUCCCCCAUCCUUUCCUUCUAUCAUUAGCUUAUUUUUUUGCAUCUCUUCAUGCAUCUCUAAUGGAAGAGGCUAAGAUCGAUGUACGGUAAAGACAUAAGUGGGAUUUGUAUAGAUACCACUUCAGGGAGCUGAGAUGUAGACAAGGAAACAAAAAGAGAGAAUGUAGAGGUAUGUUUCAGGAAACAUAUGUCCUUUCCUCCAGAGCAUCGUGUGAAGCGACGUGAAUUAAAAAUGAAAAGAACCUAUUCUCUGUUUAUUCUGUGACCUGAUUAGAGCCAAUUUUGACCUGUAAAAUACCAGAUACUGUCUGUCAGUCAAAACACUCUCCUGACGGCUGCUCUUGUAUGUUUCUGGGUAUCUACCACCCUUCCAAAUUCCCUCCUCUCUCCUUUAUCCUCUCACCUCAGACAAGCUAUAAGGCCAUAGGAUGAAUGCCGAACAUUGCAGGUCUGUUACUACUUCCGGUUCCAGACUGAGACAACAUGUUAGAGAACUGAGACACAGGGUUACCAAUGUGUAGCAACUCUCUGAUUCAUUUAUGUCUUCUGACAAAAUGAUAGUUACAUACUUGUCUGUAGGAACCAUAGAGGAAAGUUACCCAUUUCCCUUAACAUAAACCCACAAAUCAUACAUAUAUUUGGUAAAAAAUUGAAUAACUUCCCUGGUAAUACUUCUGAGCCAGUUAGAACUAUGUGCUUUUUUUCAUCGCAGUUUUCCUCUUCAAUAUUUACCAACCUGUUAUCAUGAGGUAUGUGUGUGGAGAACGUGUCUAUGGGGUUUGUUUUGAGAUGCACAAGCCGCACAAAGCCCUGCUGUUUAUUGCUCUCCGUUCAGAAUGGCUUUUGUCUUGGUUGAAAUUGUAAAUGUUGAGCGAUGUACCUCCCCCUAUUGUUGCUUGACAGAAAGCGUUUUGUUCUGUAGUCCAGCCAGUAGUGGUAUCAGAAAUGUAUUGAACUGUAUACUCUAUUGAAACAUCGUUCUGUCCUUUAUUUAUUAGUAUAUUUGUGUAUUGUGAAACUAUAAUCCCGUGUUGACGCCAAUGUUGCUUUCAGGCUCAGAACAAGCAGAAUGGGACCCUUGCUGCCGCCAAGGUUAUUGACACAAAGACGGAGGAUGAACUGGAGGACUACAUGGUCGAGAUUGACAUCCUGGCCUCCUGUAACCACCACCACAUCGUGAAACUGCUGGAUGCCUUUUAUUUUGAAGGCAAACUAUGGGUAAGUCAGCCUUCCCUGUUUGUUGCUGUUGAUUUUAAGCCAAAGAGACACUGAGGCAAUGAACCAGUCUCACAGGGAGACACGCAAAAUGAUUUCAAGCCACUGUUUUUGUUGUGCUAUUUCCCAAAGGUUCUCAUAUCAUAUGAUUUAAAGAUGAAGGAGUAUUUUUCUUGUUGAUUGCAGUGGAAGAGUUUAAAACCAGUCACGUAGUCCUGUUACAUUUACUCCUCAAGAUUUGCAUGCAGUGUCUAGGCAAGAGUGCGUAGAAAGUACAGGGGCAGAGUCAUUCCACCGUAAAGCCGGCAGCGGAGGUAGAAAUAGAGAAGUACAAGCACCAAAACAAAAUCUGUAUAAUUGAGUGAGCUGGAAAGACAGAACUGCACCAAGGGGUGUAUAUGAAUCUCGCUCUGUUUGUUUACAUAUUAAGCCUCUGUUGGAUCCAAACACCGUCUAAAACCCCUCACUGUUGCACAAAUUUGACUGCAUUAUGUGUUUGAGCUAAAUUACAUCGCAGCUUCAGAACUUCUGUGUCUCAAGGUCUAGAAGCCAGUUCAGAGCUAAGGCUGCAUGUUGAGGAGCAGGAUUGCAUGACCUCUCAAAUACACUGGUCAAAGGAAUCUCAAGAAGUUGACAAGAAGUUGACAAAAGAUCAAAAUCCUCUUUAAUUUCUCAUCAGUUUCCUUGUAGAGUUGUUCAGUAAGGAAGGAGAAUUGGUCAUCAUGCGUGUGCUCUUCAUACAUGAUCAGUCGAUCUCAUUCUGUGUGCGCACUAAGAGGCCCCACAGCAAUUAGGUCCAGGCAGGUGGUGUCAUGUGACUGUCCCUUGUGGACUGGCCACAUCUAUUGGAUGAUAAUGGAGUGGUUUUGGUGGCUGGAGAAAGUGCUUAUGAAUUAUUCAGAGCAGCAUACAGGUUUGUCCCUCUAGCACCCCGUCCGGCAUUAAAGCAGCGUGACGAAUGUGUAACUGCUCCUGCUUUGCAUGUAUUGGCUGUUGAGUUAAUGUAUAAUCAUACUGCCUCCUUUUCAGUGGAAUAUUCAGCAAUAAAACAUACUGUAUGUCGCCCAAAAAGUGCAAUUUUGAGUGGGAAAGAGAUUACAAUCAGCGACUUCUAAUCUGUGUGCUCUUCACUUAGUGAAACACCUGUAUGAAUCACAGGUGUAUAUAUUACACAGAAGAUUCACACAGACACAGUAAGUUAUAAUGAACUGCAGAACAGGAACUCCUGCUCUUCUUCCCUUUGUUUGAAUAGUGGGUGGUGCUCGGUUGUAGCUUUGAUUGAUUUUUCUAUCAUCUGAUACCCUGAGCUGCCAACUCACCAGCAAAGCCAAUAUGAAUGAAGAGUGGUCAGGUGCAUUACAUCAGCUAUUGAGACUGAGUUCAGGAUCUGGUCGACUACCCAUCUGAAUAACAGGAUUAAUGUUACAUAGUUAUAUUCAUCUAAUGCGCUGCAGCUUCCCUGACAUAACUAUGAUGUGCUGUAUGCAGGAAUGGAUCCAUGGUUCUCCUGUUAUCAUAUUAGCUCAGUUAAACUGUAUAAGAAGCAUUGUGUUGUUUUGCUCAAAACUUGUGUGUAAUGCCUACAGUUGGCAGAUUAAAAUAAAUCCACUUGUUGAAGUUACUAACUUCUUUGUUUAUUCCAAGCAGUACUUCCCUGCAUUAUGAUUUGCAUAUUUUUAUUUCUGUCUUUAGUGUUUGUUUCAGAGCUGACAUCGCCUGUGCUGUGUGGUACAUGAGAUCUUCAUCUUAACAAGUGUUAGCCUAAGGCCUACUUAAAAAUUCUGUAUUGCCUAAAUGAGGAAGUAGUUUUUCAUCAUAAUCUAUGAAGAAACAUCCUGGUUAUGAGUCACAUGUGGACAUACGCACCACCCAUUUACACCCCCCAAAAAAUAGGAAAUGUUCUUACGUGACCAACUGUCACAGCCUACUCUGCAUAGUUUCAUUGGUGCAGGAGGAUCCCGGUCGAUUUCAGUCUCCUUUCUUGCAACUCUUGCACAAAAAAGGACUGAAAGUGUAGAUUGUAGUGGGAUAAAAAGAAAAGAUGCUCAGUGUGGCUGUCCCAUGUAAGAUCGAUAAGCUUCUUGGAAUGUCUUUGCAGUGUAAUCAAUAACAUAGAGCCAGGGUUGUGAUGUCUUUCUCAUAAAGGUCAUGUUGUUCAGCAGACACACAGAUGGCACAAGUUCUUCCCAGAGUUGAGCGAUUGAGAUGUAGUGUUAUCGAGAGCUAAAUAUGUGCUUUUCAUUAGUUUCUCUUUGUUUUUGUGCCACUGUUGCAGAUUCUGAUCGAGUUCUGUGCAGGCGGUGCAGUGGAUGCCAUCAUGCUGGGUAAGUCCCUCCUUCAUGAAGGAAACCGAAAAAGAAAAGACCUGAAGCCUUUUCUUUGCUCCAUCCUCCUGUGCCAGCUCUUUUAAUUCCAUCCAGAAGCCUCCUCUGUGGGAUUUUUUUCCCUCUCACCAGUUAAAGAGGCCACUCCAACUGUGUAAUUAUUGAAGCUCAGAUUUCAAGGAGUGGUUUGUCCACUUUGUGCAGCUUCUCUCUCUUGUUUUGAAGCUUAAAGAAACACCUUAACACUUUUUCUUACGUGUGAAUUACACUUUUAAAGAGGACACUCAUUUAUUCUCUUUACUGUUGAAUUUUUUGUACUUUUGGCUCUGUUGUCUGACUCAACUGGAACAUUUUCCCCCAUAUUUGUCCAGUCAUACAUGCUGGCUGGUUUCAAGAUACAGUUUGGUCCCACAGUUGCUAUUGGAUACCAACAGGCUUUCUUUUUGGGUAUUCCUACAUCCAAAUGACUAAGUGUGUGUUCAAAAAGGCACAAAAAUCUGAAACAACGACAUAUGGCCCAGAGUAAAAUGACUUUUUAAGAGUUCUCUCUUAUGUAUGUUAAUCCACAGAGCUGGAGAGACCCCUGACAGAGCCCCAGAUCCGUGUGGUGUGCAGGCAGACCUUGGAGGCCUUGUGUUACCUCCAUGAGAACAAGGUCAUCCACAGAGACUUGAAAGCCGGGAACAUUCUCCUCUCCUUGGACGGAGAAGUGAAACUAGGUAAUAAAACAUAAAGAAAUAAACACUCAUCUUCCUGCUGCUGCAUUUAUUAUCAUAACAUUUUUCCUAAUGUUAAGGAUUAGUCACUCUCUCUUAAAAAAAAUACCUCACAGAAACAGCAGCUGAGUUAUUGCUGAUUCCCUCUCAGAAGGUUGUCCUCAGUGGCCACGCUAAACCCUCCUGCAGGACCAGCGCUAAUAGGCCUAAAAAGCUAAUUAGGAAAGUCAAUUGUUGAUCCCUUGGCCUUUAAUACUUUGGCAGCCAGCUGAGCUGUGUGACUUCAGGGAGUACAGCACUGUGUUUACAUGUGCUCAAAGUCCCCCAUUCAUUUGGCAUACUGUAAAAAGACGAAGUGUUAACUGUGGAACUGCAUAUUUUCAUACACCACUGAUACUGGAGUGGCUGAUAUGUUGUAUUGGUUACAUAAUAUUCUUGCCAAGUAGAAGGGACUGUUUUGCUGCUGUAGCAUCCAUAGCUGCCGGCUACCUGAUGAUUCACAUUCUGUAGGCAGAGGGUCAUGACAGAGCUUGGCAAACAAUAAUUAUCAGGCAGUCACCAGGGACUUAAUGAUAGAUCUCCUUUUCCCUUUAAUGUGUACAAACUGUAAGCGAUGCAAGAAGAAGAGCAGGCUGGAGUCGCAGCACAGGUUACAGACCUGCGGUUCGAGAAGCAGCCUUUUUUAAAGCCCUUUGGGUUUUUCUGAUGAUUCUUUCAGGGGCUUGCAUUUAAAGCAGGGAUUUUGUGAAAAGAGUAUGAAUAUGAUGUAUGUUAUUUUCUAACUUCUUUCCCAGUUGAGUCACUGAUUAUCACAGAGGGUCUCAUUGUGCAGAGGAGUUUGAUUCACUGAUGAAAAGAAUCAUAAGUCAUUUCUUCUUUCAGCUGACUUUGGGGUGUCUGCUAAAAAUACCAAGACGUUACAGAGAAGAGACUCUUUCAUCGGCACUCCGUAUUGGUGAGUCAUGCAGCCUGCAUACAAAAGGGCAUUUACCCCUUCCCAUCUGAUAAAUGUUCUACAACUAGGGGUGAUAAAUCCUCUAUACAUUGGUUUAGAAGCUGGCAUGAUCACGAAAAAAGCCUCAUUCAGGAACUAAAUGAAGCAUUCAAGACUGGAAAGCUUUCUGAUUUUCUAACCUCAUAUUUCAAUCUUGCGAAUAGUAAUGUGUGUUUUCUCUUUCUGGAUAAAGAAAAUUACGUAAAGAAACUUGAAUGGUUCAAAAGCAUGAUGAAACGAACACAUUUACAAGCAGUCCAAAAUUAACAUAUUGCUAAUUAUAAACCCACCCAUUUCUCAUUUGGCAGGAUGGCCCCAGAGGUGGUGAUGUGCGAAACUUCCAAAGACCGUCCAUACGACUACAAGGCCGACAUCUGGUCCCUAGGGGUUACCCUGAUAGAGCUGGCACAGAUUGAGCCGCCCAACCACGAGAUGAAUCCCAUGAGGGUGCUGCUGAAAAUAGCCAAGUCCGAGCCGCCCACACUCAUGCAUCCCUCUCGCUGGUGAGAUAUUGCUCUAGUGGUGACAUGAGAGGUGGUGCUGGAAUGUUUACCCACAUGUGAUAAGGAUACCUUGACUAUUGGGAGUUGGACAGCCUUUUGAAUUGUCAGUGCUCGACUUAAUGUCCACAGGGGGGAGAAUAGUAUGAGCUUUAUUCCACCCAAGAGUGCAUGUUGUGCAAUAGACAGCAAACUGAUUCUGUUUUAUGUUGCUUUGAAAGGUCACCCGAGUUCAACGACUUUCUACGGAAAGCACUUGAUAAGAAUGUGGACAACAGGUGGGGCUCAGUGCAGCUUCUGCAGGUGAGUUUACUCUACCUACAUCUACUAAAUUCAAAUUCAACUUUAUUUGUAUGGCACUUUUAAGAAAGAAAAAAAUGUAGUUUAAAAUGACUCACAGAGGCUAAAAACAACAAUUAAACAACAAGAAAAAGACAAAGAACAGAGAUAAUUAAUAAAAUUACAUUAAAAAAACACGAAGAACUUUGAUUAAAAUGAACAUUUGCAGUAAGAGAAAUAUGAAAAUAAGAGAAAUAUGAAAAGGCAAUCAGUGAAAAGCCUGGUUACUACCAAAGUAAAAAAAACAGAUAACCCAAUCUACGAUUUCAAAGGAUGCAAGUGUGAAGAAGAAACACGGGUCAGCAGAAAAGGUGAUGAUGCAGCUUCCGUACAUGCACAGUUUCACAUAUAUUAACAAAUAUUAGGGGUAGGAUAAAAAAUCCAUACAGCUUAGUAUUGCAAUAUUUUGUCUGGUGAUAUAUCGUAACAUCUCAUUUACCACGUAUCAAUUUUUCAAAUUAAUUGCUAAUAUGAAGUCAAAUCUAUGAUUAUGGAAAAAUAAAAUCAAAUGUUUGUCCAGUGAGGUUGGCAGAGGUGACAUCAUAGAGCAGGAGAAGGUUAGCACAACAAAUAUGUCUAAGGUUUACAAGAUGUGCUACAUGAAAAUAAAAUAGUGUAAAUAAGAGAAACAAAGAGGGACGCCAAAUGCUAAAUUAGCUUAACAAAUUGCAGUAAUAUCGCAUCGUGGCCCAAGUAUCGUGAUAAUAUCGUAUCGUGGCCCAAGUAUCAUGAUAAUAUCGUAUAGUGGGGCCAGUAGUGAUUCCCACCCUGAACACAUAUAGGAACAUCAGUCCCCAUAUUUCUGCUUCAUGUCCCUGUCUGUCUCCACAGCAUCCUUUUGUUAGCAGUGUAGCAGAUUGCAAACCUCUCAGAGAGCUCAUUGCAGAGGCCAAAGCUGAAGUCACAGAGGAGCUCGAGGAUAGCAAAGAGGAAGAGGAGGAGGAGGAGCCUGAUACACCUCUGGUAUGUGGUUUUGUUGGUUUAUGUGUACAAUACAAUCAAAGGCUCCUAACCAAAGAUUGUGUACGCUUUGACAGAUGUUGUUUCUUGUAGGAAAAAAUCUUUGCUUAGAUAUUUUUAUCAUUUAUUUAUGUCGUAUUGUUUGGAUUAGGCGGCUCCUGGGCACAAGCGGGCGCCGUCAGACGUCAGUGUGGCCAGUUCAGAGGAUGACAAAGUCCCAGCGACUCCCUCCACUCUGGAAUCUGUCACAGAAAAGACAGAAAUAGUGCCUGCUGAGGACCAGACCACUGAUAAGCUCUCUGAUGAAGGAACUGGAACAAGUGAGGCGAACAAGACUGAGGAGGAGAAACUCAACGAGGUGUCAAAGGCCAAAAAUGAAGACCUGGUUUGUGGGCCAACAGAGCCCACAGAGGACUUGAUCUCACCAGCUCCUACUGAGCCUAAACCAGAAGAUGUAAAAACAGAGGAGAUUCCUGCUGAGCCUGUAUUAUCUCAACCUAAAGAAAAUGGUGAAAUUCCCCAAGAAGUUGUCCAAGACGGUCAAGAAACACAGGAAGAACAGAAAGAGAAACCAGAGGAGAAAGCAGAGGAAGAUUCUACUCAAGUAAUAGAAGAAAAGGAAAAAGCAGAGGAGGAGGAGGAGGAGAAGAGAGAGGAGGAGGAGGAGGAGAAAGAAAAAGAAGCAGGUACAGACGAUGCUAAAGAAGCACAAGUACAACCUGUGUACAAACAAGAGGAACCAGAGUCCACAUCAGGAGAGGCGGAGCAAGCAGAAGAAAGAGAACCAGAGGAGGAGAUCUCUCAGCAGAAAGACAUUGAGGACAGAAUAGAGGACAGGGUAAACGGCACAGAUGUAAAUACAGACUCUGAGAACAUAGAAUCAAAUGUAGUGGACACCAACAUAAAUGGAGAAACAGACAUCAAGUCGGGUGUGGAUGAGACCCCUGCUGAAGUCAUAUCAGAGAAGGAGGCCCCAGAGAGUCAGCCAGAGAAGGCACCUGAAGACGAGGCUCCUGAGAAGGCAGAUCACCCCGAAGAAGUCAAUCCACCCAAAGAUGAAGCGGUACCUGAGGAAAAAGCACCAACCGAAUCUAUAAACGGAGUCACCGAUGAAGCCAAAGAAACCUCAAAGGAUCAAGAAAAAGCGGCCCCAAGUGAGGAUGUCCCCGUGAGCGAGGAUGAGGUGAAGGCCGCUCCUGCUGACGAGACCACCUCCCAAGAUGCUGUCUCUGUCCAGGAGAGCGAAACAGAUUCAGAAUGCAAGAUGGAGCCCGGCAGCCCGGCUGUGAUCAAAUCUGAUUUGGAGAAGGACUCUGACUCUGGCAGUAGCUCUGCUGCUGAUACAAACAGCCUCGACCUCAAUCUGUCCAUCUCUAGCUUCCUGUCCAAGAGUAAAGAAGGCUCUGUUUCGAUGCAGGUAGACUAAUCAACGUCUCACCUCCGAUUUCAGUUUUAAACUAUUUGUCUUAAAACCAAGAUCCUUAAACGAACCUUUUUUUUUUCUCUACAGGAGUCAAAACGUCAGAAAAAAACGCUGAAGAAGACGCGCAAGUUCAUGGUGGAUGGAGUGGAGGUCAGCGUGACGACUUCAAAGAUAGUGACAGAUAACGACACCAAGAGCGAAGAGAUGAGAUUCCUGAGGUACAAACGCGUUCAAUCUGCCCACUGUGCCGCCACGCUAAAUAUGUUACAUGGCCUAUUUAACAUGUCGGUCUUAAAUAGUCCUGCUUCACUCAUGACUCCCACAGCUUUUUGCAAAUGCCAGAUGGGUUUUCUCACAUGAUGCACGCUGCGUUAUGUUACUGUCAGCUCUCAUCACGGUGCCUUUGUAAGACGCAGUAUGUGCUGCUCUGGAUGUUUGGACAGGUGCUGCAUGAUUCUCUUCUGAUGGGUCCAUAACCUCCUGUCAGUAAUGCACAGGGUUAACAUGUUGGUUUAUAUUAUAGUGAUUGAGUAAUCGGGAGAUAUGAACCAUAAAGGAGAAAAAAGUAGCCUAUUAAUAACUGUGGUCCAUGACUUAUGGGAUAUAAAGAUGUACUCUAUGAUUUAAAAAGGAGAGUGCUUUGUGAAAUAAAUUGUGAAUCAUGAAUAAAAAGCUGUUGAAUUUCACUUGUAUAAAUGUGGUGACACCCUGACUCAUUGUUGGCGGUUUCUUUAGGCGGCAGGAGUUGAGAGAGCUGCGCCUCCUGCAGAAGGAGGAGCAGAGGGCCCAGCAGCAGCUGAGCAACAAGCUGCAGCAGCAACGAGAGCAGAUCUACCGGCGCUUUGAACAGGAAACAACUGUGAGUCAGUUCGUUUUAAGUGCUGUGGUGUGUUUUCAUUCGGCCUACUCCUAGGAAACUCAAUGUUUCAACUCUGAGCUGAUCCUAAUCUACAGGAGCUGUAAUAAAGCACACAGCAAGACACUCUCUGUCGUGUUUUUAUGAGUUUUCAUACAGUCUAGGUUAAAAAGACACCAUCAUUCUUUUUUAUCAUUUACUUAUUCCCUGUUUACAAGUGUUAAACUAAACUUGCAAACGCUCAUUAUCUUCUAAGCCUGCUGUGUUGAUCGUUUUGUCUGCGCAGGCUAAGAAGCGCCAGUAUGACCAAGAGGUGGAGAACCUUGAGAAGAAGCAGAAGCAGACCAUCGAGCGGCUGGAGCAGGAUCACACCAGCCGGCUCCGAGAUGAGGCCAAACGUAUCAAAGCGGACCAAGACAAGGAGCUGUCCAAGUUCCAAAACAUGCUGAAAAACAGGAAGAAAGAGGUACGAGGGUGCAUGGCUGUCUCUGCAUGCAUGCGUGGGGGUGCCUCCUGGGUAGUUCUUAGUUGGGUUAUCAUACUGUUUAAUGAUGCAUGUGUUUAGCGACUUACUUACUUACUUGGCUGUAAUAUAUUAAUCCAGUGGGAGCGGUGGUCCUUGCUGUUUUGCUUGGUGCUGUGUGUGUACAAGUGAUAGCCGCAGACACACACUGUGCUAUCUCUCUCAUAGAUGCUUCUAGCUCCAUGUAGUUGUUUGUAUCUAUUAUUCAUCUGCCCCGGGGCCUCUAGAUGCCUCCUUAGCAACACUCUCCUUCUGAGUCUGUUAUGUUAAGAAAAACCCUUAAUAAAGGUGCAGUCUCAGGAUUUGUGUAAUACCUAAUCAUGUUGGCUUCUCUGUAAAUAUGCUGGGUCUUCCUUCUACAGUCUUUCUCUGCUUUUAUAGCCUUAAGUUGUUUGUUUUGCUCUUAGUUGUCGUGUUUUGCUUUAUGCUGCUUUUUUCCGGCAGUGCUGGUUAGCUUUCAUUGUGUAUUACAAUGCCUUCAUGGUGGUUGUGCAGCUCAUAAUUUGCUUUCUGGGCUUUUUAGAGAAACAUUUUGUUGCGCUGGUUGGCUUAAAGCAAUGUUUUUCAAUUGUAUUAAGCUAGAAAUAUAGAUGUAUGCUAUGAAAUACGUGUUUUUAAUCUUUGUUUGUACUAUUUUGUAUUCUUUCAAAAUGUUUUGUCAUUGUGUAUUCAACUAACCAUGUUUCUUGUAUGAGUGAGUGGGGUGGCUUUGGUCAUGGGAAGGCCAACUUUUGAAGAAUUUUCUGAGUGGUGUUGGGCUCAUUUUGGGAAACAAUGAUGAAAGCAUAAUUUUAGAGUACCUGAGGUGGAAUCAUCUUGGACAUAUUUUUUCAAGAAUUUAAAGUCCCAUUCCAAUCGUUUUUUUUUUUUUUUUUACGACUUAGAGUCUUAUCAGUAGUCUUUAAACUCUGAUUAUGAAGUUUUUAGCCAAAAUCACAUUACCUUUGUCGUUUUCAAGAGCAUUUCUUCUGCAGAGCUCCAGUAGCUCAUUAGCAAUUCGCCUCUGAGCCGUGGAUGGAGACAGCGCUGCUCUGCACACUUCUCCUCGAGUUAGCUUGCAGCCUAACAUUGCUAACGUAGAAGGAGAAACAGGUAACAUAGGAGUUAUUCAGCUCUUGGAUAUUAUAGUUAGAUUUUUUACGAACAUUUCAAUCCGCUAACGCAGACACUUGUUCUGCGAUUGUCCUCUCUAUUUCUCCGAGCCUGGUCUGCAUAGCGGGGCUCCGGGGGCAGAGCUUGGAUUGGUUACGUAGGAAAUCUCAUUGUAUCUGAUCCUGUUGUUUGGUUCUGCCAGAGAUUGACAGCGAUUUUAAGGCAGAAAUAUUAAGGAAUGAAAUUUCGCACUUAUUUUUCUCAUGAUAUGUCCUCUAGUAUCAGAAAAAUGCUAUAUGAACAUGUAGACAACAAGAAAAACAUGAUUUUCAAGUCAAAGUGUCAAAGUGCCUUCAGUGUUGCCAUAAGAAUGAAAAACAACCCCAGCAGCUCUUAAAUCAAAAGAAUACAGUUGCUAUAGAGUUACACUACAACAAACAGAGAAAACUGUUAUAAGUAGAGUUGUAGAAAUGGAACAGGAAACGGUGAGUUUGUGGUGACUCCCCGGUGCCCCACAGACUAAAAAAGCGCUCUACCUGAAGAUGAAAGCCAUCUUUGAAACUAGACAUGCAUGCCUCGAAGCCUCGACAUCAUUAAAGUUACGAGUUUUGAAACUUUGAAUUGUGCUGCAACCUGACACUCUCAACAGAGAGUAGGUCACUGUCAUUUCUCAGGAAAUAGGUGCAUUUUAAAGGUACAGGGUCUUUUUGGAUCAGUUAUAGUCAAGAACAAUUCUUAAAACAAAGAUUAGCUCAUGAAUAAACCAACAAGACUUGAAUAAUCUGUCAGAAAUAUUAAAUAUAUAGAGGUCUCAGAUGAUUCCAUCCCAGCUACAGGAAUAAUAAUCAUCAUCUUAAUGGCUGUAGGACUUAAUAGGAUGCAAAGUAACCCAGCAGAGGCUGAUUUUGAGACUAACAUCUUCUACUCUGGAACUCUCAAAUCUUUCUUUUGACAAAAUCAUGACCUGACUCUGACUUGUGCAGUUAUGAUUGCGAUGUGAUCCCUAAAAAUACUAAUCAAAAAGACUGACUGAUUAUUUCGAGGGCACAUUGCGGUGGGAAUCAUGCAUGCAGACUUCAGAUCAUUUGGUGGCUGGUCGCAGGGUAUCUCCUCUCAAUGUGGGCCAUGCAUGUCUCCUGUAUUUGUUGGCCAGCUUUGGUAGAUUCUCAGAAUAUUUUGGCAUCAACCAGUUUCUGCGUACAAACACACUGUAGGCCAAACAGGAGCUCGGACAAUCACCCAGACACUCGAGAAAAGAGCUCAUGAAACGCAUAAAAGAGGACCUGUCGCUCCUUAAGUCUGCAGAGGUAAACUGUCACCUUCUGUCUCCAUCUCUGUGAUGGAGUAACAUUUCCCUCUCCUCUUUCUUUCUCAUACUCCUCUCUCUCUCUCUCUGCAAACUCAGUCCUUUUUUUAGGUAUUCAUAUGUGCAAAAUAAAGAAUAACAUCCAAAGUUUUUUCCAUGUAGCAUUUUAUUUAGGUGUCAAAAAUGUAGAUAUGAUUAAAUAAUUUGACACAAUAAGACUCCUUUGAAAUGUGGAAAUCUAGAGCCCGACCGAUUUAUUGGCGAGCCGAUUAAAUCGGCCAAUUUUAGCCUGUUUGAGACUAAUCGGUAAUCAGUCAAAACUCGAAAACUCACUUUAAAAAAUGUUCCGCCAUUUGAAAAGUUCCCCGACUUAUCCUGUAGAUGGCGCAGCCACCUCAUGACAAUCUUCAUCCACUAACUACCUCACAGCACAGCAGAGUGAAGGAGCUGAAGCAGGCAGCUCAGGGACACACAGAGGAGAGUGGUCCACCUCAACAGUCAAUAAACUAGAUUGUGAAGCAGAUUGUGAAGUCAACAAGUUUCAGUUCAACUCACUUUACGAAGUUCCCCGCUGUGCUGGUCUAGGUCACGCCGAGUUAACGGUGAAGCACAAUGUAAUAUGCAAGCCCCCCCCCACAUUCUGAGUUUGAUCAGUCGGUCUUCCUGUCAGCGUGAAGAGCAGUAGCCUACAGUAUGUCUACUGUAUAUAUUUUAUAUAUAAAAUUAUAUAACUUAUUAUUUUCAUUUUUUUUUAAAUCAGCCGAUUAAUCAAUAAUCAGAUUCCCCCCCCCCCCCCCCCCAAUAAUCUGUAUCGGUAUCAGCCCCAAAAAAUCCAUACGGUCGGGCCCUAGUUUAAACUGGAGUUUUUCCCAUUUACUUUAAGGUUGAAAUGGGUCAUUUUUUCUAGUCAGCACCAGAAUCACUCGACAGCUGAACGAAUGAUUAAUAUUUCAACAAGCCAAAGGGAAGAGGCUGUAGUGCCAUAAUGCUACAGCACUGCCUGGAUGUAAGCAAGACAAGUGAGGCAGUAUUCUUCCUCUUUCUCAGUUUUUAGAGAUAUCCAAGUUAUCUAAUCUAUCCAUGAUGAUGAAUCAUUGUGUAUCAAACCUGUGAUUACUACUCAGUAAGAGAAUAGGGAUCUAAUAACAGGGGAGCGAUUACAGACAGAUUUUAUUUCCAUGGUGCGAUCUGUGCUGAAAUCUUUUUCCAACUUUGUUUCCCUGCAUCUUUUAUGAAUAAGACAUGAGUCCAGUGGAUAGAGACCUUCUUGUUUUGGUAAGGUAAUUCUUAGAUUGUUAACAGUACUUGAGCUGGUAACAUGAAAGCAACAAACCUGCGUUGUUGCGAGCCAGAUUUAACUCUAGCGCCGGUCUUAUGAGCCGCUGUCAAGCAUGAAAAGAAAUGUUUAAUAACUUAUUAACCACCUCCCUCCUAACAUUUACCCAGAGCUGUGCUGUGCCGCCUUAAACUUACUGAUUAUUCCAAAAGUGGAAAAGGGCCAUCUAUUACAUAACUUAGAAAGACUCAGAAUGUGUGUGCGAUGGUGUGUGUAUGUAUGUGUGAGAGAGAUCCUCAGCCCUGUGUGUGCUGUCUGUCCCUGAUCAGGGCGAGUGCGCUGUUUGCUCUCCUCCGCAGGCAGUGGCCCAGGUUAUGAUACAGUCUUUUCAGUUGUCCUCAUGUGCACUCUUCAACGCUCAGAUGCAGGAUGUAAGUCACCCCCUCCCUCCACCCUCCCCCGCCUUGUUUCUCUCCGUCUCUGGCCCAUACUUAGAUGUGAGCGAUGUAAAGCGACAGGCUAGCUUGUGGUGGUUCAGGUUUUUACACACAUGUAAGCAUGGGCAGCUGUUUUAUUGAUUCAUUUAUUUGUUGAUUUUUCAGUGUUGCUAUCACUGUGUUUGUGCAGUGGUUCUCUUUCCCUUCUCGACUCAGUAUUUCUUUCAUCAAUCCACAGAUGUCCCUCAUCUUAUCUGUGUGUGUUAUACGCUUUUUUUACACACUAUGUAUGUAGAAGGCUGUGAGAGCGGGUCUGGAUUCAACACGUCUCCUCAGGAGGUGUUGUGGUGGCCUGUCUGGAUCCAUGUUUGUCUCAGUCAAACCAAACUCCAAAUUUAGAGCGACCGCCUCGCAGCAUGGAUUUAAAAGUCACUUGUAAUUCCUGUGAUUGAUCGUUGUAUCACAUGUCAACAGUUUGAUCUGCAGUACUAAAACGGUUUUAUAACAGUGACAAGGGCAAUUUUUUAUUAUUCUGAAUAGGGGUGGGAGAAAAAAUCGAUACACAUAAGUAUUGCGAUGUUUUGUUUUACAGUUUUUAGAUCGAUUUUUAUGUUCAAAAAUCUUUUUCUUUUUUUAAAUUAAGAAUAAAUCUUAAAAACUGACUUACAUGUGAUGUGUAUUUCUUGGGGAAAUAUGAUACCUGGAAUAGUCAGUUGAUAAUCAUAAUCAUUCAACUGUUCCAUUGGUGUUAAAAAUGCAGACUAAAAAUCGAGAAAAUCGACAGUAUCGCAGAAUCGCAAUUUAAAUCGAAUCGGCAUCCAAAAAAAUCAUAGAAGAAUCGAAUCAGGAGAAAAGCAUAUUGUCCCAGCCCUAAUUCUGAAUAAUAGUCAAAUAAUGGCAUAGAUAACCUUAGAUAAGCCAUAAGCCAAUCGUUAGAAAUAUAAGGAAUAGAUCUGAACAUGUUUUUAGAUGAUGAGUAAACACAGGAAUAGCAUUUUUAUGUUGCUAAUUAUCUAAUAAGUCAUGCAUAAAUCAGGUUAGCCAAGCUCUGGACUAUGUGAAUGUUGAUGUCAGUGUUGUCUCCCCCAAAGCUGUGAAUCUAAAUCUUUACUGAACUCUUACCUACUCUCCCUCUCUUUCUCUCUCUCUUUGUCUCUUCACCUCCAUUGUGGAUCGUUGCCAUAUAUGACCUCUGAGUGUCUCUCUCUCUUUCUCUCUCUCUCUCUGACUCCAGUUGAUGAUGUGACAUCUAAGUGACUCUGUGUUGUACUGAGCUUGAAGUGCUUGACUGGGUUAUAUAACUUCAUUCCAAGCAGAUAUACGUAUAGAUUUGAUAUUUCUUCGUCUCUGUUGUUGUUGUUGUGCUCUCUCUCUCUCUCUCUCUCUCUCUCUCUCUCUCUCUCUCUCUCUCUCUCUCUCUUUGCUCUCUGCUGUCCCUCUGUCUAUGUGACCUCUUGGGUUUCCUCUGCUCACUUCUCCUCUUCUUCUCUGGAUCCUCAGGAGCAGGAGUUUCUGCAGAAGCAGCAGCAGGAGCUGGACGGAGCUCUGAAGAAAAUCAUCCAGCAGCAUAAACUGGAGAUCGCCACUAUAGAGAGAGACUGCCUCAACCACAAGCAGCAGCUGAUGAGAGGUGUGAUUAUAUAUCUAUAUUUUUCUCUGUUUUGAUCAACUCUCAGCUCAUCAACACACAACAGAGAAAUGAGAAUAUAGACGUGCUCUUUGAGACCUGUUCCAGCUUGUCUGACUCGCUUUGUUUCAAUCACUUCACUUGUCACUGCCUGACAUGCAUGUACAUGUUUGCUGACUCACUCUAAAGUGAAAUGACCUGAUUAUUUACAUGUUUGUUGAACCCAUGUGUGUUUUGAAGCUCGGGAGGCAGCCAUGUGGGAGUUGGAGGAGCGCCACCUCCAGGAGAAGCACCAGCAGCUGAAGCAGCAGCUGAAAGAUCAGUACUUCCUGCAGAGGCACCAGCUGCUGAAGAGACACGAGAAAGUAAGAGUUGAGGAGAGGAAGAAUGUGAGAAUGUGAGGACUUUUUUAGAGAAACACUGCUGGACCUGUAAAUCUGCGUGUGUGUGUGUUUAACAGGAGAUGGAGCAGAUGCAGCGCUACAACCAGCGGCUGAUCGAGGAAAUGAAAAAUAAACAGACCCAAGAGAGGGUCCGUCUGCCCAAGAUUCAGCGCAGCGAGGCCAAAACCCGCAUGGCCAUGUUCAAGAAGAGCCUCCGCAUCACCGCCACCGCAUCUGUCACCCCUGAGAUGGAGAGAGAGAAGAUAAAGCAGGUGCAGAUGUUGUGGAGUCUGUUUCACAUUUUGUGCCUGGCAAACUGAAGCAGAAGUGACUAAAUAUUCAGAGUCUUUAUUUAGCAAUACUAAAUACCCUGAACCCUGAAUGAUCUCAGCUGGUUCAAAUCAUAGACCAGAACUUUCCAGUCUCCAUUUCAUAAGCGCUACUGGUCCGGCCUGCGUCAUCGUGUUAUUUUGUUUGGUUAAGAGCAGCAGUUAAUCCCAGUGAAAAUAUUAACUAUAGCUUCAUUUUCUCUGCAGCACAAACAAGCUGGAGAAAAGAACAGAUAUUAGCUGACAGUCACCUCUCCUUUCACAUGUCUGUUCAUUCAUCUGUCAGGCAGCUAAAUAGGGCUUUGACUGGUAGAUGGAGCUAAAGCCAUUAGUCUGUGCUGGCAGUGCACAUCAAUUUGACCUCAAUUUCAGAUCACUUUUCACUCGUGCUUUAUGCUGAUAGUUAACAAAAUCACCUCGUAGCGUUUCUUCUUUUCUCCAUUUUGACUGGGAAGUCUGGUUUAUAGGACAUUUUGCUAAAAUAACUUACAACCAUUUCCUGAUAGCAGCAGCAGCUCUAGACUUGAAAAUUGUACCCUUGGAGAAAGAUUUUGGGGUUUGUUCUCUUCCUGCAAUUGGAGUGGAAAAAUCAGACAUCUGAAGUCCUGUCCUUUCUUGAUUUUGAUUGGUCCCCAAAGAAAAAGUGACUUAAUUGUGUGUUGUUAGGAUGUUUUUUGUUUUUUGUUUUUGUGUAAGGUUUUCAUUUUCAUUGAGGCUUUUGUUGUUUAUUUUCCAGUUUGGUGUUCAGGAGGAGAAAAGGCAGAAGAACGAGAGGCUCCAUCAACACCAGAAACACGAGAACCAGAUGAGGGACCUUCAGCUGCAGUGUGACUCAAACAUCAGGGAGCUGCAGCAGCUGCAGGUGAGGCCACAAAAGACACAAUACAGCCUUUUCUUCAUGUGAGUUUAGAGCACAGUUUAUCACCUAAGAAUCGCAGUCCAAUUGGAUAUAUUUUUAUUUUUUAAUUUAACCUUUAUUGAACUAGGUAAAAUCCCAUUGAGAUCAUGAUCUCAUUUACAAGGGCGACCUGGCCAAGAAGUCAGCAGCACACGUCAUAAUAAAUGCAAUAGAUAUAAGGGAACCAACAACAUAAUCACAGUUAAAGUGCGAAAUAUGCAGAAAUAUAUAAAUAAGAAUAUGUAAAUAUUCAAUUAUCCAUCCUAGUCAUAUUGUUUGAGGUAGUAUAGUAUAUGCAUAGUGUUUACGGUUUCAUAAUCUUUUGUUAGUUCAAUACCCUUAUUUUCCAUUAAGUUGGACAGAUUACUCAUAAUCAACAAAACUGAUCUCGUGUCAUUUUAUUGCAGAAAAACAAGCUUUACCAUUUUGAUCAUACGUGAGCUGUGGAUCUUUAGAGAAAAAAAUGGAAUAGGAUGAUAAAGUAAAAAGUAAAAGUCACUUUGACUGGAUUAAAAGCAGAAAUCUGAAUAUUAUUUUAGUGCUGUAGGUAAGUCAGGAUAAGUUAAGUGUUGUCUCUGAUCAUGUUAAACUUUACCGUCUCUUACAGAAUGAGAAGUGCCACCUGCUGAUUGAACAUGAGACCCAGAAGCUGAAGGAGCUGGAUGAGGAGCACAGCCAGGAGAUAAAGGAGUGGAGAGAGAAGCUGAGACCCAGGAAGAAGGUAGAUUUAGCAUCUGUUUACUCUCUGAUGUAGAAAGUGUGAUGCAGCCCUUUGUCAUUCUUCUAUGUUCAGUAGAAAUCUCCUGCAAAGUCUCAGUUGUUGGUAUCUGCUGCCCCCUGCAGGCGCUGGAGGAGGAGUUCACACGGAAGCUCCAGGAGCAGGAGGUCUUCUUCAAGAUGAGCGGCGAGUCCGAAUGCCUUAACCCCACCACCCAGAGUCGAGUGUCUAAAUUUUACCCAAUUCCCAACCUGCACAACUCUGGUUUAUAGCCUCGUGUCUACAGAAACAGACUCAUAUCUGGGACUGACUGUUCCUGGAGGAGGAGGAGGAGGAGGAGGAAGAGGAGCAACAUCAUUCCUUCGACCGACACUGAUUUACAUCAGAAUACGUUCACUGCUUCAACUCCACUGUUAGUGAGCAUGACGUGCCUACACGGUUUCUUCACACAGAUGAUUAUUCUCAGCUUGUCAGGAAAUGUCAGACGGAUAAUAUGCACUUUUUUUCAAGCAUGUUCACAUUCUGAAAAAGUCUGCAGUCGGUAGCUAAGGCUAAUCAUGCUGAACAUAUACUGUAAAUGUUAGCACAGCCGGCUACAGUAUGAAUGAUCUCAGUGCCUCAUAUGCUCCUCAUUUUUCUGCAUUUAGGCCCUUUUCUGUGUUUCCUCAUGUUUGCAGUAAGUACAGAGCCCCUGAAUGUCAUACCCUUCAAUGACUGGUUAUCAAAAUCACAACAUGUGGAGAGAUUAUUUGAGUUAUUUGACAUAAGUUGGUCAUUAAAUUUCUUGUUUUGCUGCAUAUAAGAUGAGAUGGUUCAGUAGAGAGAAAAGUUUGCCAAAUGCUGUUUUAAGAAAAAUGCUGUUAAGAUCAGAAGAGUUCAAACGUAAAGGAAUGUACUUCGCUGUAAACACGGAGUGUGCUGAGUAAAAUGUUGCACCCACCUAUUAGGUUUAAUGUACCAUGAGGAUUUUACAGUCUUGAGAGAUUAACAAACAUCACAUCGACUUUCAUCUCAGCGCUGCACCACCAAACACAUGAAUCUAAAAACAGAGACGAGCGCCGAAUGAGGAAACACUGUUCUCUUCAUGUUUAAAAGAAGAAUAUAAAUCGCUCUAUCUUCUCGCAGUUAUUUCGAGCUGUGGUCUCACAAUCAAACGCUUUGUUGUGAAGUGCUAAAGGAAUGUAAAGCUGUUGAUUUGCACUGUUUUGCCACAUGAGCUAAAUAAUGAAAAUAUGCAGUAGUUUACUGUCAAUGCGUGUUUGACAGCGAGUUCAUUUUGUGUCACACAGGCUGGUUCAGAUUUCCAACAGAGUCAUUUCAGCGUUUUUAUUCUUUAUUUUGUUCCGAGUAUACCCUUUACUACUUUAUGACCACAUCUAUUUUUUGUGGACAUGUGUUGCUGAUUUAUUGAUGCUGUAAUCACUGUUAUUUUUGGUGAUACCAGUGCUGUAUGAAAGGUUAAAAGCUGUAUUCAUUUUAAUCCGACACAUGAGGAGACGUGUCUCGCUGUAUUUCAUGAGAAAAGUAUUGAUGGUUCACAAAAAAGAGGCUUCGACAUAUCUGGUUGUUUCGUUUCCGCCACCGCGUAUCAUCAAUGCAUGUUCUUAUUUCUGUAUGCUGACAUUGACAUUGAUGAGUGUUUCUGUCACGGAUGCUGGAUUUUAAUGGGGUCAUCAUCAGAGACUGUGUCAUGUGAAUCACACCACACACCCCGUAGAUUUGAAAUAUUUUUUUAUUUUGUUAAGUUACAGCAUUUUGGAUGUGUCUGUAAGUUCCAUCACAAUGAAUAUUCUUAGUAUAGGCAUUUUUUUGAUGUCAGAUCAAAUGUAUUUAAAGUGUCUUUAUAAACGGACAUUUCCUUUUGUUGUAAAUAAAAUAUUAACUGUUUAUUUGAAA